AGACAAUCCCGCAGCAUUCCUGACCUCAGCCCUUGCUUUCUCCAUACUCUGCCUCCGUACCCUUCUCCGCCGUGUUUCGCACGGUGUAACGCGCAUCCUUUGAGCACCGAAGCCAUCCGGCGGGGCGCCAGCUCUUCGUCAGCUGAACAUGGCAUCGAACCUCCCCAUCCCUAUUCCUCCGCGCACUCCGACGCCACCUCUAGAUGACCCUCCAAGCAUUUCCGACCAGACGCCCCAUCUGCACGACAAAGACUCCCUGUCGCCAUUGAGGGACACGUUCCCUAGCUCGCGGGGCACAUUGGAUCCCGGGGAUGCCAAUCGCUUGAGCCCUACGCGGGCGGGUUUCAACCUCAGCCCAGCAGACGCAUUGCAGCAGGGCGAUCAGAGCGACAAUGCAGGCGGGCCAUUCAAUUUCAAGACUAUGACAAUGGCGAAGGGGCCAGUCGUCAAGUCUAACAUUGGCCAGCGACGCGGACACAAAUAUAAACAUAGUAGUAUUUCGCAUCAGAUCUUCCUCGAACCGCCCCCUCGAGCCCCUCUAGCUCUGCCCAACUCGCUGCCUAUACCGACUUUCAAAGAGUACCGCUCCAGUAUGUCCAGGGACCAGACUACCCGGUUCUGGUGGAGCGUAUGCCACAUGUGUAUCGCGGGAUAUACGCUCUGGAGUGCCCAUGGAUCUCUGGCCAUGACGGCUCUAUCGCACUUGAUCCUGUUCGAUUCCCUCGGCGCAAUGCUUUGUGUGGCUGUCGAUAUCUUGGGCAACUUUGAAGUGUGGAAGCGAUCUAGUGUUCGCCACCCGUUCGGCUUGGAGCGCGCAGAGGUGCUUGCGGGGUUCGCUAUGUGCGUACUCUUGCUUUUCAUGGGGAUGGACCUUAUUUCUCACAACCUGCAACAUUUUCUGGAGUCUUCCGGCCAUGAACCUCACCAUACUCACGUCCAUGAACGUGUGUCCUUGGGUCGUGUGGAUUUUACCGCUCUGCUGGCGAUUUCUUCCACCUUGAUCUCCGCCAUCGGUCUCAAGAACCAUGGUCGGAUAGGAAAGGCAAUGCGGUUUGGGUACAUUGAGUCGCUGCCGUCGGUCCUCAGUAACCCGUCUCAUUUCCUGACCCUGUCUUGCUCGACGCUGCUCCUGCUGCUGCCCCUGGUAUCUAUCAAGCUCUACAACUGGCUGGAUGUGCUGCUUUCCGGCACUAUUUCCAUAUCGAUGUGUGUCAUUGGAGUGCGCUUGGUGAAGACGCUAGGCUCCAUGCUGCUCAUGUCCUAUUCGGGGCCAGGGGUGUCUGAGGUGAUUCGGGAUAUUGAGGCUGAUCCUUGCGUUUACGGGGUUGAUGAUGCUCGGUUUUGGCAGGUCCAUUACGGGCUGUGCAUGGCAAACCUGAAGCUUCGUGUCUCGGGAACCGAGGAGAAUCUUGUGCGACUGCGUGAACGGAUUGCCAGCCUGAUCAAGAACCGACUGGGGGGAGGGUACGGAUCCGGGGGGCAGAAGUGGGAAGUUUCGCUGCAGUUUACAGCGGAGAAGGCAUAGCCAUCUUGCCUGUACAUACGAUCGUGACCGGCUUUCAAUGAACAUCAUGUUUGUCUAUUAACAUAAUUAUGUAGAG